AUGGAUUGUCUGGCGUACUGCCAGGCCGGGAUUCUUGCACCAGAUGGUGCUCCUCCUGAAUGGGCACCCGCCAUAGAACAAUCAUUCACAUACGGUCUUCAGAACGAAGCCUCAGAUGAAAGUUACGAAGAAGCCCUGGAGUUCUGUGAGAAACAUCCUGUUGAAUCAUCAACAAUUCUACCCUCUCGGACCAUCGCGGAUAUCGACAGAAAUGGAUGCUCUGAAUGGCGAAUCCAAGCUCAUGACUCCUCCCUUGUUGCCGUAGUCCAUAAUUCAGACGGGAAGGGCGGACUCUCGCAGAUACGCUCUAGAGCGGACUGCCCAGAUACAUGCCUCCUCAGCAACCUGCCAAUCGUCGCUGGUCAAUAUCACUUUCCUAAUGAUGGUGGAGUGUACUUCGAGAUCACUGUAAACAAAAUGACAGAUCCAUCCAAAGGUGGCGUAAUCGCAAUUGGAACUGCUUGCAGACCGUAUCCAUCGUGGAGGCUCCCAGGCUGGAAUCGAUUGAGUGCAGGUCUUCACCUCGACGACUUCCACAAAUUCUUUGAAGACCCAGAAGGCGGGCGCCCCUACUUCCCAUUGGGAUCUCCACUCAUUACGUCUGUCGUUGGCCACACAAUUGGUUGCGGAUAUUAUUUCUCCACAGGUACAAUGUUCUUCACAAUCGACGGUCAACGCCUGCCAGAUGCGUUUACUGGUAUAUACUUGCAGAACCGCAGUGGGAUUGAUGUGUAUGCUGCUGUGGGCGUGUCUGGGGAGUGUGACGUCUCGGUAAAUUUAGGUGGUACGUCUUUCAAGAGGCUGGAAGGAAAUGAGUGGAGAUGGAAGGUGGACAGACAAGUGAGGAAGCUUGGUGAUGAUGUUGGAGAGCAGGAAGAACUGCCAGCGUACAGUGCACGCUAG